AAACAUGGAGGUCCCUCCGUUCAGCUUCACUCCGGAGCGCUACUGGACGGAGGAGAAAGAGAGGGCGCUCAUUGCAUUUUUCUCCAAGCACAGCUGUCUGUGGAACCACAAGUCAGAGAGCUACAAGAACCGACAGCUGCGAUGGAAAACUCUGGAGCACCUGAGGAUCCUUCUGUCGGCUCACCCGCCUCCUGUUCCUUUCUCAAUUGAAGACAUCAAAAACAAGUUCAAGAACCUUCGUACGACCUUCCAGCGUCAGUACAAGAUGGUGAAGGCGAGUAAGGUGUGCAGGUCGGACGACGUGUUCGUGCCGCAGUGGAAGCACUACCAGCAGCUGAUGUUCCUGCAGGGCUGCUGGGACCAGGAGGACGGCCUCUGCGACCCGCCGCUGUCACCGCUGACUGUUCCACAGGAGGACAGCCAGCCCGUCCUCACGUCCCCGGGACUGAUCAUCUCCUUCCUCCCCAACCAGUCCACCUCCUCGCCCUCCUGCGUCCCCACCAACAUGAUGGUUAAAUGUUUCUGGACGGAAGAGAGGGAGCGAGCACUCAUAGCUUUCUACUCCGAGCAUAGCUGUCUCUGGAACAAGAAGUCUGAAAACCACAACAACCGUCAGCUCAGACUGAGGCUGCUGGAGGAUCUGAGGGCUCAGCUGUCCGACCACUUGGUCACCUUUUCAGUUGAAGACGUGAAGUGUAAGUUCAAGAACCUGCGGACAGUUUUUAACCGCGAGUACAAAGCGGUCCAGGCGAGCAAGCUGUCUGACAAACUCUACGUGUCCAAGUGGAAACACUACCAGCAGCUGCUCUUCCUCUGCGAGUCCUGCGACGAGGACGACAGCCCCGAUGACCUGCAGAUCCUGACGCCGCAGGAGGACAAGGACCUGGAGCACGGAAACCAAACGCCGUCCUCCACCCUGAGCAGCUUCUCCUCUAGCUCCACCCAAAUCAACAACGUCAGGUUCAACAGCCCCUCCGCUCCCUCCAGCGAUGACGCCAAAACCAACACCAGCGCUGCGUACCAAAUCUUCUUCUCUGCGUCUCCAGAUCACCUCAAACUAUCGAGUCAAACCGCCACGCUCCCCGUCUCUCCGUCCACGUCGCUACCCGACUCCAAAGCUUGUCGAAACGCCUCCCCUUUAAGUUUCUCUGGUUCACUUCAAGCUGACGGCAGACUGAGCAACGACUCCCGCUGCCACUGGGACGAGACCAAAGUCCAGCAGCUCAUAUCGUUUUACGCUGGGAACAGCUGUUUGUGGAACCACAGGUCGGAGAGCUACAGGAACAGGCUGCUGAGACAGAGUCUGCUGGAGACGCUGAGCAGCCUCCUGUCUGAGAACGAGCCGGUCCCAUUCACAGUGGAAGACAUAAAAACAAAAUUCAGGAACUUGCGAACGAUCUUCCAGCGUGAACACAAGGCGGUGAGCUCGAACAAAACGUGCGGCUCGGAGGACUUUUACCUCCCAAAGUGGAAACACUACCGCGAGCUGAUGUUCCUCUGCGACUCCUGCGACGAGGACGAGCGACCCGACGACCUCCGCUUCAGUGAGCCGCAGGAGCCCGGCCUCCUCCGCCUGGACGGCCAGGCACUAACCAGCCAUUACCACGGCGCCAACCACACGGCUAAACGGAGCAUAGAAGCCCCUCCCUCGCCGACUCCCCCAGACUCCCGGCACUCCUCGCCCUCCUCCUCCCCGUCCACAACCUCCUCUCGCACCGACAGCAGGGUGUCGGGACGCAAGCGAGCGAGCCGUCGGCACCCGCCCCCCACCAGCGAGGUGCUGGACUUCAUGAGGACGUUCUGUCAGAGCCAGAUGGCGUCGCCGCACGCCGGGUUCCUGAAGUACGUGGAGGAGUGUCUGAACGAGACGCCGCCGGAUAAAGUGAAGAAACUGAAGAAGAAGAUCAUAGAGACGAUCCACAGCGUGUCGGAGGAGGUUUAGAGCUUCACAGUUUGUGGAGCUCGAGGUCAGUUUAGGGCUUUGUUUUUGUCUUUAACACCCUAACAGAUAUGAUGACAUCACUCGCCAACUGUCGUGUGGCGGUCACUGACAGCUUCGUCCGGAUAUCACAAUCAGUAAAACCACAUCCGAAUUUAUCUGAAGAAUUUGGGUCUCAUUCAUGAAACAUGAGCAGAAGGAUUUUGUGUGUAUUCCAGCGAGGGGUGGGCGAUACGGCUGUAAAAUAAUAUCACAAUAUUUCAAGGUAUUUUUGCGAUAAUUGAAAAAAAAAGAGAGUAUUUCAUUAAUUUCAAGAACAUUCAAUUGCAACAAAAUAAGUGAUAUAGUUGUAUUUGUCAACAUGAAUGUAGUUUGCCCUCAAAUAUUUAGUAAAAACUAACAUUAAGAUAAAUCUUCACUUGUCCCACAAAUCGUAAAUUUGCAUUUUAACAGCAGUAAAGGGAUCAAAGCAAGGUGUGGUGCACUAUAUAUAUAUAUAUAUAUAUAUAUAUAUAUAUAU